AUGAUGGCUGUUCAAUGUAAUCCACUACCCCAAUUGCUCCACACAUUAAACAAAACAGUAAGGCAACACUUCACACCAUUAAUUUCGAACACCCGUCUCUUCUCGACUCGAAAAAAUCCAGCGUUCAUCACAUCCUACACCCCGAAGCUCUCAAACAGCAGAGGGAGUAACAGCGUUGUUUCCGCUUUAAUUUCCGAAGAGAAAGUUGCUGAAUCGAGUUUUUCCGGCAUUGAUGCAUUCCAGCUAACUUACUUGGAGGGCAAUAGCUGGUUAUGGGAGGUGGGUGGAGUGAAGAUUCUAGUUGAUCCAAUAUUGGUGGGUAAUUUGGAUUUCGGAAUACCUUUUCUUUAUGAUGCUAGCAAGAAAUAUUUGAAGAAUUUCAAGCUUACAGAUCUUCCUGAAAUCGAUUGCAUAUUAAUUACACAAAGCCUUGAUGAUCAUUGCCAUUUGAAGACAUUAAUUCCACUCUCUCAAAAAUUACCAAAUCUUAAAGUAAUCGCCACUCCAAAUGCAAAAACACUCUUGGAUCCUCUUUUCACCAAUGUCAUAUACUUAGAACCCGGCCAAGAUUCUAAAAUUGAAACAAAAAACGGUUCUCAUGUUAAAAUACGGGCUACUGCGGGGCCGGUUCUCGGUCCUCCUUGGCAACGCCCCGAAAAUGGGUACAUUGUGACUUCUCCACAAGGGCAGUUGAGUCUUUACUAUGAACCACAUUGUGUCUAUGACAAGGAGAUUAUUGGAAAGGAGAAGGCGGAUAUCGUCAUUACACCCGUCAUCAAGCAACUUUUACCGAGUUUUACUUUGGUUUCCGGACAAGAAGACGCUGUUUGUCUUGCGAAAUUGCUUCAUUCCAAAUUUGUGGUGCCAAUGAAAAAUGGAGAUCUUGAUAGUAAAGGUGUUCUUGCAAAUCUAGUUAGCUCGGAGGGAACUAUAGAAUCAUUCAAGGGUCUUUUAUUAAAGGAAUUACCGGAUGUAAAGGUACUAGAGCCUGUGCCUGGUGUACCCCUUAAUAUAUCAGCAUCUUAAUCUUUUUCAUAAUUGGUUUUGUAAAUAGAUUUUAUUCGUUAAUCAAUUAUAUCAAGUGCACAAACUAUAUUUUGUAUAGAUGUAAACUUUAAUGUAUGUAUUGCUGAAAAUUAGGGUUCUAAGACAGAAUAUUUGAACCACAAAAUAAGUUUCGAUCACAUCUAUCCCAUAAUAAUUUGAUUUUGGAA